AUGAGCUUACAACGGCACCUCCGAACGGCACAGUCGCUGCCACCGCGGCUGAUCAACUUCUUUGAGAAGUACCCGCCGCAAUCGCUGCUGCACUUCACCGCGCCUGCUGCCCCAACCGCAGAGACCGCAUCCACCGUCGCGCCAGCAGAGCCCGUGGCCUCUCCCGUCCACGCCGAGCCCACAGCACAAGAGCCACUCCGUGGCGACUUCUCCGUACCCCGCAACGUACCAGCCGAAGCCCAGGCUGGCCUCCCGUACCCAAACCCCUUCCUCCCGCGCAAAAACCACACCACUGGCCGCUGGUACGGGCCCGUGUUCGGCCUUCGCCAACAAGCCGAUCUCGUCAAACUAGCACAAAAACACGAUGUCCUCGAUUUGUUGCCGUGGACUAUCAAGAAGCCCGGUGCCAAGGAGCAGAGGCGGAUAGAGAGGGGCUUACAGGUCAAGGGCACGGGAGAGGGUCAAAAGGUUAAGGGAAAGCUGUGGGAGAGGACGCUCAAGGGACGCUUGGAGAUGAGGAAGAAGGCUAUGAUGGAGAUGCCGGCUUUGAUCCAGGAAUGGAAGCAGAAGGGCCAUGGUCGCGGAUGGAAGAAGUACCCCUCGGGCAAGAAAGGGAAACUAAAUUAG